AUGUUUCGUCAUCCUGCUCCUCCUGCUGCUCCUCAUCUUGCUCUUCCUCCUGCUGAGCUGCAAGAGCUCCUCCUCCUCCUGCAAGUCGGCGGAGCAGCAGGAAGAAGAGCAGCAAGACGAGGAGCAGCAAGACGAGGAGCAGCAAGAGAAGGAGCUCCUCUUCCUGCAGCUCCUCCACCAGCUCCUCCUCCUCUUGCUCCUCAUCCUCCUGCUGCUCCUCUUCGUACUACUGCUACUCCUCUUCCUGCUGCUCUUCCUCUUGCUACUCCUCUUCCUGCUGCUCCUCCUCUUGCUGCUACUCCUGCUCCUCUUCCUGCAGAUCCUCCUGCUUCUCCUCUUGGUGCUGCCCCUCUUCCUGCUGCUCCUCUUUCUGAUCCUCCUCCUGCUGCUCCUCCUCGUGCUGCUCCUCUACCUGCUGCUCCUCCUGCUGGUCUUUCUGCUGCUGCUCCUCCUCUUGCUGUUCCUUUUCCUCUUGCUGCUGCUUCUCUUCUUGCUGCUCCUCUUUCUGCUCCUCCUCUUACUGAUCCUCCUCGUGCUGCUCCCCUUCCUGCUUCUCCUCUCGGUGAGGAGCAGCACGAGGUGGAGCAACGCAAGGAGGAGGAGCAGGAGGGGGAGUAUCAGAAAGAGCAGCAGCACCAGGAGGAGCAGCAAGAGGAGGACCAGCAGGAGGAGGACCAGCAAGAGGAGGAGCAGCAGGAGCUCAACAAGUAUUUUCUACAGGUUCCAACUGCUUUAAUUUCCUUUAUUGAAAUUCUUGGUUCAGUCUUUAAAGAUCUGAUAGGACGUUUGAAAUCUCAGGGAAUAAUAGCAUCGUUUCACAUCGUAGUCAAACAAAGAAAAUAUUUAAAUUUCGUAUUAUAUGAACAUGAAUAA